AUGGUGAUGCACCCCGUCGUGCAAGCGCGCGCACAAGCCGAGCUCGACACUGUCGUCGGAAAGACGCGGCUGCCGACGUUCGACGACAGGGAGCGCCUACCGUACCUGCAAUGCGUCAUCUCCGAGGUGUUUCGAUGGGGCGUGGCAACGCCCGUAGGUGUGCCGCACCGCUCAACGGAGGACGACGAGUACAACGGCUGGCACAUUCCCAAGGGCACGAUGGUGAUCGCGAACGCCUGGGCGAUGCUGCGCGAUGAGCGGGUGUACCCCGAGCCUGAGCGCUUCAACCCCGAUCGCUUCCUGGCAGGAGAGGGCCGCGCGCCCCAGGCGGACCCCCGUGGGCCGUUGUUCGGAUUUGGACGCCGUGUAUGUCCUGGGAAGGACCUGGCGGAGAAUAGCGUGUUCGCGGCGCUUGCGCUCGUCCUGCACGCAUUCAAGCUCACACCCGCCGUCGGGGCGGAUGGGCGGGAGGUACGCGUAGAUGGUGCAUUCCGGGAGCACAGUAUUCGACACCCGGAGCCGUUUGUGUGCGUGAUCCGCCCGCGCCUGAAGACGUCGGCGGCGCUCAUCCAGCAGGCGAUGGAGGCGCAUUGA